GUCAGUGCGCGCUGCCGCUCAGAGGGGCGGAGCUUCGUAAAACCCGGAAGAUCAAAGUGGUUGAGUACUACACAUGACUGGAGACCAAAACAAUGAAGGCGAUCAUUCAAAGAGUAACAAAGGCAAGCGUAACAGUUGGGGAGGAGCAGAUCAGUUCCAUAGGCAGAGGACUCUGCGUCUUACUUGGCAUCUCAGUAGAGGACACACAGAAGGAUGUUGACUACAUGGUACGGAAGAUUCUUAACUUGCGUCUGUUUGAGGAUGAGAACGGCCGCGCCUGGAGCCGCAGCGUGAUGGACAAUGAGCUGGAGGUGUUGUGUGUGAGUCAGUUCACUCUGCAGUGUAUCCUCAAGGGAAAUAAGCCUGAUUACCACUCUGCCAUGCCAGCUGAACUGUCCCAGCCCUUCUACAACAACAUGCUAGAGCAAAUGAGGGAAACAUAUAAACCACAUCUCAUCAAAGAUGGGAAGUUUGGUGCAAAAAUGCAGGUACACAUUCAAAAUGAUGGACCUGUGACCAUUCAGUUGGAGUCUCCUGCUGCCCCCACAGACCCAAAACAGCUGUCCAAACAAGAGAAGCAACAGCAGCGGAAAGAAAAAACAAGGCCAAAAGGCCCCUCCGAGUCCAGCAGAGAGAAGGCCAUGCAGCGUUCGAAAGCGGACCCCAACGCCAGCAGCGGAGCAGAGGGAGACGUGUCCUCUGAACGGGAACCAUAGAGUACCUCACAGGUUUCUGCAACUUGCAGAUCACUCCAUCUUCCAGUGGAAUGCUGCUGUCUUCAGGGACGUCUCUCAGUACAGCUCAUACCACUGACUCUCUGUCUUAUUUCUGUCCCUAUCAAAUGUCCAAUGUAGUGCCCAGUCUGAUUUUCUUCUGAUUGUAUAUAAACACAAGAACAAGUGGCAGCUCCACAUUUACCAGUAGAAAAAAGACUCAGGCACACAUCAGUGGUAUUUCAAACACAAUAUCUGAAUAUUUACUAUGCCAUCUAAUUUAUUUAAAUGUAUACAUCUCUGUGAUGUGUUUUAUUAAAAAGGGA